GCUAAAUCCAAUGCACCGAACUACAGCUGUCGUGUAGCAACCAUAGAUAGAAGCACGCGACGGCAUGUUGUGGCGUGACGUCAUUAAACUGCGACUCAUGAGAUGUCAAUCCAGGCUGUGAUACUAUUUUGCAGGGGAUGGACUUCACAGAGUGCUACGGAGACACAGUAUCCAGUGUUGCAGCUGCAGCUCGCUCGGGCUGUAGGAGGCGGGUGCGGAGGCUGAUAAAGAGAGGUUUCAGUGUUGACUGUCGAGACAACCGUGGCUGGAAUGCCCUGCACGAGGCGGCAGCCGCUGGCAGUAAGGAGUGUGUGCAGGAAAUUUUGACUGCAGCGGGCGCAGCAGGCUCCUCCCGUGGCUGCCAUGCCUAUGUGAACUCUCUAACACAUGAGGGGGAAUCUGCAUGUUACCUGGCAGCGCAGCGUGGACACCUGGCAGUGGUCCGACUCCUCCUGAAAACACAUGCCAACAUCAACCAGCUAACAAAUGACUUAUCCUGUCCUUUGUAUGCAGCUGUAGAUGGUGGGUACAAGGAGGUUGUAGAACUGCUGGUCAGUAAAGGUGCAGAGGUCAACAGAACACACACCGCGUCCUGCUGGACCUGCCUUCAUCAAGCUGUUUAUAAGGGUCACAGUGAAAUUGUGCGCAUACUGGUCAGUGUGUGCAACCUGGAGGCACUAGAUGACCACAGGAUCUCCCCUCUCUUUGUGGCUGCACAGUAUGGACAGCAGGAAUGCCUGGAAAUCCUUGUUAAUGCUGGUGCCAAUGUGAGCACCCAGGCAGCUGAUCUUGCCACACCACUGCUGAUUGCCUCUCAGGAGGGCCACCAGGCGUGUGUGGAUUUCCUUUUGGACCACGGGGCAGAUCCUAAUGUAGCCUGUAGUCAUGACUGGCCCCAACUUCCCAUUCAUGCUGCCGCUGAGUUCGGCCACAUAAGUGUCCUCAGGAGGCUGAUAGCUGUUACGGAUCGUGUGUGUGACCGUGGUGAUGGCAUGGUGAGUCCACUGUAUGUGGCUGUCAACAGGCAUCAGAGUAAGAGUAUCGAGAUGCUCUUGAGGGAAGGUUAUAGCCCAGAUGCCCAGGACUGCACACACAUCCUCGGUCUCCGUUCACCACUCUCCUUUGCCUUGUGUCGCACAUCCAACAAACCAUACAGUGAAUCAGUGAGGUUGCUGGUAGCUGCAGGAGCACGUUUCAGCGAGGAGGACUGGAUUUAUGCCUUGGCCACUGACAAAAAGGACCUGCUCCAACUGAUACUUGAGCACAGAUGGAUCCCUCGCCUGGAGACUCUGACCAGGGACUGUUCUGUACCACAUCAUCAUGGGAAAACUGUGUUAAAGCUGCAGGAACUGAGGGAGUUGCUCUGCGUGGCACUAAACCAAGUACAUUUUGCUGCCUGCUGGCUUCCUCUGCUUCUGAAUGCAGGACUGGAGCCUUCGUUGCUGCUUCAGCCCCACAUGUUGGAACAGGCAGACAGUGAGGUGUUGAAUUACCUGCUAGAGUUUGUAAACUGGUCGACUCUGUCUCCCCCUUUGAAACAUAUUCUGGAUCGAAGAAGGGCCGUGAAGACCUGGGAACCAUGUCCACAUUUUGACUCCAUUCCCUGUCUUUCCCACAUCUGUCGGCUGCAUGUUAGGUUAGUGCUGGGACCAGAUCUACUGAUGAGGACCAAUGUAGUCCAGCAGCUCCCUGUGCCCUCCCCACUUCAUGGCUUCCUCCAGUUCAGAGACAUCCUGAUAGCUCCCUACACACACUCACCGCCAUCACCACUUCUAAAUCGAAUACAGGGAUACCGCAGUACACACCAACACAGACAUGUUCUAUAAUGUUGCUUUAAGGUUGUUAAAAUCAUCUUAUUUCACAGUUUCACAUAUAUAUAUAUAUUCUGUAUCAGCUUGUUACACCUCUUCAUGGAAGCUAUAUGAUGUUUGCGUGUAAUAUGCAAACCCAAGAAUCCAUGUUUUUAUGGGUGCACUAUUCAAUCAAAUGGAAAUAUCUGAGAUAUUUUGUGCAUCAUGUUACACACAUUUCCUCAAAAUUCUGCAUAUUUGGUAUCUGUGGAGCCUUUGGGAUCACAAGAAUUUAGAAUAUAAGUUAUCUGGUUUGGCAACACAGGUGGGCCAGUGAGGUUUUAAAAGAUUAACAGACACUUAAAAGAUGACCUUAUGAUACCUGAUCUGUUACUUUUCAAAAAUUAUUUAACUCAUUUGCAUAUUGUAAUAUAUGUAUGUAGUUUGUAUUUACUUGUUUCUCUGGACCAACAGCAUUUAUGUUUUAAUUUGAUUUAAUUUAUUUAAUUUUUAAUUAAAGUUAAUAAAUCCCAAAACAAGUUGUGUGU